AUGUGUUCUACUAUUUCAUCACCUAAUCCUUCAGUUCUACCAACGUUCACUUGCGAAAAUACUACUGGAGAAUGUCAGAUAUUAGCCACAGAUAUUUCUCUAUGUCCCAAAUCACCUACAAAACGUCCUUGUCGUGAUCAGACUGAAUUAGUAGUUAAUAAAACAAAACGAUUAUGUAACAGUACACGAACAUCCUUCUCUGAAUUAAUAGUUGAUGAAUCAAAACAUCAAAAUUUUGAUAAUUUUUCACAACAACAAAUAACAAUCUCUACACCAUCACCGUCACCUUCACCAACACCAAGUUCAAAAAAACCUUCAUCAUCCAUUCUAGAAUGGAUAGCACAAUUCAAUCAAAUGACGUCGGAUGAUCGAACGUCAGCCAUUGACUUAUUUAUUCAAAAUUGUUCCAGUGACACAUCACAAUUAAAAUAUUUACGUAACAAAAUCGAACCAUAUUUUCAGCGUGAUUUUAUUCAAGAUUUACCUAGAGAGCUUGCAUUACAAGUAUUACGAUAUUUACCAGCUUCAGAUUUAUCUCGAGCAUCACGUACAUGUCGUGUUUGGAAUGAAAUAAUUAAUGAUGUAUUAUUAUGGAAGCGUUUAUGUCAAAGUCAACAAAUACAAUAUAAAGAUAAACCGUGUAUAUUUGACAACCUAAUUUUAAAUCCAUGGAAACGUUCCUACGCCUGUUAUCAACAUUUAAAACAUACAUGGAACAAAGGACAGCUACCACGCUCAAAAUAUUUUCGAGGACAUGAAGAUUUUGUUAUCACAUGUUUACAAUUUGAUGGAAAACGUAUUGUAUCUGGUUCAGAUGAUAAUACAUUAAAAAUUUGGUCAGUUGAAACAGGCGAAUGUGAAAAAACACUGACUGGUCAUAAUGGAGGUGUAUGGUGUAGUGAAAUGACAAAUGAUUUAGUUGUGAGUGGAAGUACAGAUCGAACAAUUCGUGUGUGGAAUGCUGAAACGGGUGAAUGUAAACAUGUUCUAUAUGGACAUACAUCAACUGUUCGAUGUCUGGCGUUAUAUAAAGAUCUUGUUGUAUCGGGUUCACGUGAUGCAACUGUUCGUAUCUGGAAUAUAGUUACAGGUGAACGAUUGCAUACCCUGAGUGGUCACACAGCGGCUGUCAGAUGUGUUUGUUACAAUGGAAAAUAUGUUGUGUCAGGUGCCUAUGAUCAUACAAUACGUAUAUGGAUUCCAGAAAAUGAACGUUUAGUACAUGUGUUAGAAGGACAUACAAAUCGAGUUUAUUCACUUGUGUUUGAUGGUAAGCAUGUUGUUAGCGGUUCAUUAGAUUGUUCUAUUCGCGUAUGGGAUGUUGAAAGUGGCACAUGUUUACAUCAUUUAACUGGUCAUUUAUCAUUGACGAGUGGAAUGCAAUUACGUGGAAAUAUUUUAGUCUCAGGAAAUGCUGAUUCAACAGUUAAAAUAUGGAAUAUCGAUUCAGGAAAAUGUUUACAUACUUUAUCGGGUCGCAACAAACAUUUGUCUGCUGUCACAUGGGUGCAAGUUAUAUUAAAUUAUGUUGUUAGUUCAGGUGAUGAUGGUACAGUUAAAAUAUGGGAUUUAGAAACCGGCGACUUUAUUAGAAAUUUAGUGGAAUUAGAAUCAGCCGGAAGUGGCGGUGUUGUGUGGAGAAUAAAAUGCACAAAUUCUGCACUUGUUUGUGCCGCCGGUAGUCGUAAUAGUACAGAAGAUACCAAAGUUAUUUUAUUAGAUUUUGAUCGUACAACAUCGCUGAACAAUGAUGAAAACAGUAACAGCAAUACCAGUUCUUUGAGUACCAUGAACUCCACUUCUAACAUAAAUCCUCUUCACAAAACUGAUUGUAAUUUAGAUGAUGAAAUGUCAGUAGCAACAAAUCAUUCAGCAUCUUGUUCGCCUAGUAUAUCGUGA